CCAAACUCUCUUCUUCUAUGCCCCCAAAAAUCAAAUACAACACCUUUCUCACUCUUGCUAUCAGUUGCUCUCUUCUACUUGUCUCAAUACUCUGCACAAUAUCAAAAUUUUCCUCCCAAGUCACAGCUAAUAAUAAAGAGAAAAUGAGAACAGACAUAGAAAGCCUCUGGAUAUUUGCAUUAGGUUCAAAAUGCAAAUCUUUCACCUCCAUAAACUCCAUAUGUUUUGUUCUUUUCAUUCUUAUUCUCUGGCUAGUCAUGAACAUCAUUUAUUGGUCUCACCCUGGAGGUCCUGCUUGGGGAAAAUAUAAAUGGAGGAAAAAUUCUGCAGGUUUAGCUUCUUUUAAUAUUAAUAAUUACAAUAAUAUUGAUCAUUUGCAAGUAUCAAAACCUAUACCAGGUCCUAGGGGAUUUCCUUUCAUAGGAAGCAUGAACCUCAUGUCUGGUCUGGCACAUCGCAAAAUAGCAGCGAUGGCCGAAGCCUGUCAAGCCAAGCGUCUCAUGUCGUUGAGCGUGGGCGAAACAAGAGUUAUUGUCACAUGUAAUCCAGACGUAGCAAAGGAGAUAUUGAACAGUUCAGUUUUCGCUGAUCGUCCUGUAAAAGAAUCAGCUUACAGACUAAUGUUCAACAGAGCUGUAGGUUUCGCUCCUUAUGGUGUGUAUUGGCGAACCCUUAGAAAAAUUGCAGCCGCGCACCUCUUUUGUCCUAAGCAAAUAUUAGCCUCACAAGCUCAAAGGUCCCAAAUUGCUACAGAAAUGGUUGCAAUGUUCCAAUUAGGAGGAAGGGACAUAAUCCGAGUUAGAGAUGCCCUGAAACUGGCUUCUCUAAACAACAUGAUGUGCUCUGUUUUCGGACGCAAGUAUAAUCUUGAUUGUUCUAACUCAGAAACAGAGGAGUUAGGGAAGUUGGUAAAUGAAGGUUACGACCUUUUGGGUUUGCUCAACUGGUCUGAUCACUUACCUUGGCUAGCUGAAUUGGACCCACAAAAAAUACGGCUCAGGUGUUCUCAGUUGGUCCCUAAAGUGAACAAGUUUGUUAGCAGGAUUAUCGACCAACACAGGGCUCAAUCUGCUGAUGUGGAACAUGAUUUUGUGCAUGUUUUGCUUUCUCUUCAAGGUUCUGAAAAAUUAUCAGACUCGGAUAUGAUCGCCGUACUUUGGGAAAUGAUAUUUAGGGGAACUGACACGGUAGCAGUAUUAAUAGAGUGGAUUUUAGCAAGAAUGGUUAUUCAUCCUCAAGUUCAGUCCAAGGUUCAAAACGAAUUGGACAAAAUUGUCGGAGAAUCACGGGCCGUGACGGAGUCCGAUGUAUCGGAGAUGACAUAUUUACCGGCGAUAAUAAAAGAAGUACUAAGGUUACACCCUCCGGGCCCACUGCUCUCAUGGGCCCGCCUUGCAAUUACAGAUACAACGGUGGAUGGAUAUCACGUGCCGGCUGGGACCACCGCUAUGGUCAACAUGUGGGCCAUCACUAGGGAUCCAGAUGUUUGGGCGGACCCACUUGAAUUCAAGCCCGAAAGGUUCGUUAAUAGAGCUGAGACUUUGGACUUCUCGGUUUUAGGAUCUGAUCUGAGGCUUGCACCAUUUGGGUCGGGAAGGAGAACUUGCCCCGGUAAGAUACUGGGCUUGACUACAGUCACGUUUUGGGUCGCAUCACUUCUACACGAAUUCCGUUUUGGGCCCAUUGACAAUAACAGUCCAGUUGACUUGUCUGAGGUACUGAGGCUUUCUUGCGAAAUGGACAAUCCACUCACUCUGAGGGUGAGAUCAAGACGUGCUCAGCAAAAAAUUAUGCCCAAUAAUUGCAAUUGAAAACCAGAAAAUGGAAAAGAAAAGGCAACACUGCAUAAUAGGAGUUUUUUUCCCUCUUAUUUGUCUUUAUCUUAUCUAUAAAACCCCUUCUCUAUAAAUGUUUAGUGUUUUUUUUUUAUAUUUGCAUUUGAUUUUUAGAGAGUUCAUUUGACUUUGGAUGUACAAAUUAUGUUUAAAAUAAAUACGAGUUUAGCUGAGACACAUA